CGCAGUUUCUCAGUCCUGCUCCUGACUAUGGCUUCACUACGCAAUGCCCCCCCCAGGCUAAGGAACUACUUCAAGGACAACUACAUUCCUCAAAUCUGUGAGGCGCUGUUAUGUGGUUUACUUGUGACAUGCCCUGAGGACCCAUUGAAAUAUUUAGAGAGCAUGAUCCUAGCUAUCAUUGAAAAUGGUCUGGAAAACCUUCUUUGGGACAUGUGCAUUCACCCAUCACUGAGGCCAAAAGUCCGAAGACUGUCUGAAACUUACUUAGACGAGCUUUUUGGACUGGAUGACCAGCUGGUGACUCCAGAGUUGAUGAUAAAAGCAUGCACAUUUUACACUGGCCAUUUAGUAAAGAGCCACUUCGGUGUUUGGAAGGAAAUUGCAAUACCUCAUGCAAAUCAAGAGGCUAUCAUGGCUGAGAAAAUGGAAAAGGCAAUAGCCCACGACAAUUUCAGAUGCCAAAAACACAUUUUUAAUCGCUGGUUCUCCUACACAGUUAAGAGAAGAGAAAGGCUUAUAGCUACACUGCUCCGACUGCGCCAUUUGUUCUAUACGCAAAAACAAAGAAUUAUCCUAGCAAAAUGGAAGGAGAAAGCCAGGCACAAGAGCAAAAAAAGAGAAGAUGACUUGAUUACAAAACACGAACUUCAGUUGAAAAAAUGGAAGUUCAAGCUAUCCUUGGAGAAACCGAUUAACAUUGAGGGAAGCUUCUCCGAUUUCGGGGUUUCGGACAAGCGCAUAGUGUUUGACAUUUCAUUGCUACCCGACCAAGCAAUAGUCCAGAUUUUCACGUACCUCACCUUUAAAGACUUGGUCUCGUGCAGUCAAGUCAACCGCUCCUGGAUGUCGAUGAUUCAGAGAGGCUCCUUGUGGAAUUCUAUUGAUUUUUCCACAGUAAAAAACAUUGCAGAUAGAUGUGUGGUGACCACUUUACAAAAGUGGCGUCUAAACGUGCUGCGUUUAAACUUCCGAGGCUGCGUCUUACGAGCGAAAACCCUGAAAUCUGUCAGCCACUGCAAAAACUUGCAAGAGUUGAACGUCUCCGACUGCCCGUCUUUCACAGAUGAAUCCAUGAGACACAUUUCCGAGGGCUGUCCUGGGGUCCUGUAUCUCAAUCUAUCCAACACAACCAUCACCAACCGGACAAUGCGACUCCUGCCCAGGUACUUCCACAACCUCCAGAACCUCAAUCUGGCUUACUGCCGAAAGUUCACGGACAAAGGCUUACAAUACCUGAACCUGGGGAACGGAUGUCACAAGCUCAUCUAUCUGGACCUUUCCGGCUGCACCCAGAUCUCAGUCCAAGGCUUCCGGAACAUUGCGAACAGCUGCACGGGAAUCAUGCACCUGACCAUCAAUGACAUGCCAACGCUGACGGACAACUGUGUGAAAGCUUUGGUUGAGAAGUGUCCUCGUAUUUCAUCGGUGAUUUUUAUUGGCUCCCCACACAUCUCGGACUGUGCUUUCAAAGCUCUUUCCUCCUGCGACCUCAAAAAGAUCCGAUUCGAAGGAAACAAAAGGAUCACCGACGCGUGCUUUAAGUCGGUAGACAAGAACUACCCAGGCAUCAGUCACAUUUACAUGGUGGACUGCAAGGGGCUGACAGAUAGCAGCCUCAAAUCACUUUCGGGUUUGAAGCAAUUGACGGUGUUGAACCUGACAAAUUGCGUAGGGAUUGGCGAUGUCGGCCUGAGGCAAUUUUUCGACGGUCCCGCCAGUGUGAAACUAAGAGAGCUCAACUUGGCUAACUGCUCCCUGAUGGGUGACACCUCUGUCAUGAAACUGUCAGAGCGAUGCCCUAAUUUAAACUACUUGAAUUUACGAAAUUGUGACCAUCUGACUGACUUGGCAAUUGAAUAUAUUGCAAGCAUGUUAUCCUUGAUAUCAAUAGAUCUUUCUGGAACACUCAUCUCCAAUGAGGGCCUGGCCAUACUUUCCAGACACAGAAAACUGAGGGAAGUCUCUCUGUCUGAGUGCAUCAACAUCACUGACUUUGGAAUUCGGGCCUUCUGCAAAACCUCGCUGGCCUUGGAACACUUGGAUGUCUCCUACUGCACCCAGCUGACAGAUGACAUCAUAAAAACUAUAGCCAUUUUCUGCACUCGAAUUACAUCCCUUCACAUCGCUGGAUGCCCAAAGAUCACCGAUGGAGGAAUGGAGAUAUUAUCGGCAAGGUGCCAUUAUCUGCACAUUUUGGACAUCUCUGGCUGUGUCCAACUCACAGACCAGAUCCUCCAGGACCUUCAAAUAGGCUGCAAACAACUCCGGAUCCUCAAGAUGCAAUUCUGCAAGUCCAUCUCCUUGACUGCCGCUCAGAAAAUGUCCUCUGUGGUCCAGCAGCAGGAAUACAGCUCUGAGAGCCCUCCAAGUUGGUUUGGCUAUGACUCCGAAGGCAACCCUCUUGAAGAAACCCAUACCAAAGCUAAAACUUACUCAGAAAUGACCGUCAAAGAGUCACCCAGCAGUGAAGAAGAAACUCCAAACUCCAAACACCACUAGGAGAACAAAACAUCCAGAACCAACAAUUUCCCUUCAUUUGAUGUAAAUAUUGUUAGUUGCUGGUUCUCAAUAACAAUGCCAAAAAGCAGCACCCCUCUGCUUCUUAUUUCAACUGCAAAUGUCACCUUCAUGUAAAUUAAGAUUACAAAGAGAACCUGAUCAA